GGUGCUUUGAAAGGUUUUUGAAGGGUGGAAAACCGUCAUGGACGAAACGGAUGCUAAUGUUAAUGUUGUCCCUUGUGCAAACGAACUUGCUUUCAGUGUGCUGCUGGAUGAAGUAUUUAGACAUGCCAGUGCAAUUUUUUCGAAGAAUUCGUCUGCAACUGACGAUAUCUUGGUGUUACAGACGACGUUUCGUUCGACAUUCUCAAGGAUGGCAACACAAUGCAUCAGCACAACACUCAAAAAUAACGCCCCGGGUGUCUUGGACAAGAGUUCCAAUAAAGACUUACAGAAUACAGUCGAACAGAAACUGAGGGAGGUUGUACUGAAACGGAAGAACUAUCCUGCAAACAUAAAAAAUAAAGUUGCCUUUCAACUCCAACAGGAGCGAGAACAUCAUUUUGCAGGUGACGAUGCAAAGACAGAAGUCUCUAGGAGAAUAAAACCGCUGACGUUCACUCACACAAACGACGACGUUAUGACUGUGUCUAAUGGGAGAUCGCACAAGGUGCAUCUUCGGGACGUCAUUCAGUCCAUCUCAAUGAGCAUGGAGAAGCUUCGAGCCAUCAGAAGACAAGAGGAAGACAUAAAAGAAUUUAUGAGCAUCAAUGGAGGUGAUGUUUGUCACAGAAAAUUGUUGAGAAAGCAGAUUAAUAAUGAUAUUGUGAGUAACUCACCCUUGCAGUGAGGUUGUCCUGGUGCACUUGUACAUAGCUUUAUUUAAAAUGUACUAAUUCAACAUUGUUUUUAAUGAGAUGACUGAUGUAUCCAUGUUCAUAAUCAUAGGUUCAGUCAUCGUACUCUGGUAUACAGAGGCAGGGCCGGUGAGAGGGUUGGACAGCCGGGGACUUCAGGGGCCCGUGGGACCUAAGGCUUGUCAUAAUCAUAUAACGAACAAAUACUUGGACUGUGUUAUGAGACGUAAGCAGGGGGCCCUGGCCCGUAAUUUAUCUCGCCGGCCCUGCACACAGGGUGACUCGGUAACGCUGUCACAUAAUCUUAAUAAAGGAAAGUAUGCUACAGAUAACUAUACAGUCUACAUUUAUCUGUGGGGGACUUUUGCCAUGCACAAUUUUAUCAAUUCAGUAAAUGAAAUUGAAUUUUCUAAAUUGAACUCCAAAAAUCGUGCAGUUUUUUUUUUUUUUUCGAAUUAUGUGCAGUUAUAUUUACCAGAUUCUAUUACAUGAUACAUUUUCUACUGACCCAGGCCCUACAUAGCUGGAAACUGAUGCAUUUGCAUGCAAUAAACAGCAAAGAGAAAUAAUGGCAAAUGUCUUUUAUUGAAUGAAUAAUCUGUCUUCCCAUAUUUCAAUAAAUCCAUAUUUCAUAUAUGA